AUGACCAUCCUCAUGAUUGUAUUGGCAAUUAUCCUGGUAGUUUUGUGUGCCAUAUAUUAUGCGUUACGACCGUGCAAUCGAAUCAAGAAACUUGGAGAUCUUGGGUUGUUUCUUGGUGAUCCUGAGCUAAAAGGUGUGUAUCGUGAGCGACAAAUUACACGACUUGCAAAAUUGCGACGAAUCGGUGAAUUACCUCCAGUAUAUCCAAACGGUUGGUAUUGUAUUGCUGAAUCUGAUGAGAUAAAACCUAAAUGCAUUAAAGAAGUCACAAUAUUUGGGCAGUUUCUGACUUUGGUCAGAUCGGAGAAUGGUCAAGUACAUUUAAUGGAAUCAUAUUGCCCACAUUUAGGGGCAAAUUUCAAUAUAGGCGGAAAAGUUGUAGACGAUAAUUGUGUGCAGUGCCCUUUUCACGGUUGGGUGUUUUCUGCUGAAACGGGGAAAUGCACACGAAUACCGUAUGAAAACGGUACAAUUCCAGAACAGGCAAAGGUCACCGUAUGGCCAGUUCUGGAAAGGAAUCAGCAUAUCUAUGUUUGGUAUCACUGCGACGGUGUGGAACCAGAAUGGGAAAUUCCUGAACUGGACGAGAUUAGUAACGGGGAAUGGACUUACGGUGGUCGCACAGAACACGAAAUUAUGUGCCAUUGCCAAGAAAUCCCGGAAAACGGUGCCGACAUCGCGCAUCUGAACUAUUUACAUCUCGCUGGUCCGAACAGAGGGAAUAAUCUUUUCAAUAUUGAUCUCGACAAUACAAAUCCACUCGUUCGUCAUACUUGGAAUGGUAAAUGGGCACCACAGACAGGAGAGAAUUCCCACUUAUCCGUUAUGCAUUUGGAUCAAUUUAUGACUAUUGCUGGCUUUAGGAUUCCGUUAACGGAUAGCAGUCUUAGAGCUGAGCAGCAUGGACCUGGAAUAGUGCAUAUGUUGUUCGAUUUUGGUAUUCUUGGUCGUGGUGUUGUGCUUCAACAUGUCACACCACAAGAACCGCUUCAACAACUUGUACGAUUUAAAAUGUAUUCUACAGUACCACGAUGGUUUGCGAAAUUUUUCCUCAUCAGCGAAGCAAACCAGUUCGAAAGAGAUAUAUGGGUUUGGUCAAACAAAAAAUAUAUCAAGAGUCCAAUUCUUGUACGGAACGAUGGACCAAUUCAAAAACAUCGGAGGUGGUACUCUCAAUUCUACAAAGAAAACAGCCCACGAUUGCUACCGAACGGUGAAUUGUCAAAUCGACCGAAAUCGAUCUAUGAUUGGUAG